AACCCUCUCAUAACCCAACAAACCAUUUUACUAAAACCCUAGCCCUCAAAACCCCCCACAAAAAUCUUCGUUUCCCAUCCGCCUUCUCGGCAAAUCUCUUCAAGUUUGAAUCUUUUUCAACAAUGGUUAGGAGCAUCAAAAACCCAAAAAAGGCCAAGCGCAAAAACAAGGGGUCUAAGAGUGGUGAAGGGGCUUCUUCGUCGUCAUCGGUGCCAGAGUUACCUGCAAAAGUAUGGCGACCAGGUGUUGAUAAGUUAGAAGAAGGUGAAGAGCUCCAGUGUGAUGUUUCCGCUUAUGAUUCACUUCAUGCGUUUAAUAUUGGCUGGCCUUGCUUAAGUUUUGACGUGGUUCGUGAUACAUUGGGGUUAGUUCGAACGGAGUUCCCUCAUACAAUGUAUUGUGUGGCUGGGACUCAGGCAGAAAAAGCUGCUUGGAAUUAUAUUGGAAUUUUUAAAGUAUCGAAUAUUUCUGGCAAAAGGCGUGCACUAGUGCCUAAAGCAGAUGCUAAUGACACUGAUAUGGAUAGUGAGAAUACUGAUAGUGAUGAAGAUGACGAGGACGAGGAGAAUGUUGGAUCUAAAACACCAGUUUUGCAGCUCCGGAAGGUCGCUCAUGAAGGAGGCGUGAAUAGGAUACGUGCAAUGACACAAAACCCCCAUAUAUGUGCAUCUUGGGGUGACAAUGGUCACGUGCAGGUGUGGGAUUUUAGCUCUCAUUUGAACGCUUUGGCUGAAUCUGAAAAUGAUGUUAAUCGGGGAGCUUCCACAGUCUCUAAUCAUGCUCCAUUAGCAAAAUUUUUGCACAAGGAUGAAGGCUAUGCACUAGACUGGAAUCCUCUUGUUCCUGGAAGGCUUGUAUCUGGGGAUUGCAAGAACUUUAUACAUCUAUGGGAACCAACAUCUGAUUCUACGUGGAAUAUUGAUCCUAAGCCAUUUGUUGGACAUACGGCCAGUGUUGAAGAUUUACAAUGGAGUCCCACCGAACCUUUUGUGUUCGCCUCCUGCUCAGUGGAUAAGACUAUUGCUAUAUGGGAUACUCGUUUAGGGAAAUCUCCAGCAACUUCCAUAAAGGCUCACAAUGCAGAUGUUAAUGUUAUUUCAUGGAAUAGGUUGGCAAGUUGUAUGCUGGCUUCUGGAAGCGAUGACGGGGCAAUUUCCAUUUUUGAUCUUAGAUUGCUCAAGGAAGGGGACUCGGUUGUUGCACACUUUGAAUACCAUAAACAUCCUGUUACAUCAAUUGAAUGGAGUCCACACGAAGCCUCUACACUGGCUGCUUGCUCAGCCGACAAUCAACUAACGGUAUGGGACCUAUCAUUAGAACGAGAUGAAGAAGAGGAGGCCGAGUUUAAGGCUAAAAUCAGAGAGCAAGUGAAUGCCCCUAGUGAUUUGCCACCACAACUUCUAUUUGUCCAUCAGGGUCAAAAAGAUUUGAAAGAACUUCACUGGCACAACCAGAUCCCUGGCAUGAUUGUCUCCACUGCUGCAGAUGGUUUUAAUAUACUGAUGCCCUCAAACAUCGAGACUCCCCUUCCUGAAAAUGCACCUCCCGCAGAUGAUGCUUGAUUUUUAAUGUAUUGCCCCGGCUGUGUUUUUACCAUGCAUUGCACUAUUGCGCCUUUCUGAAAGCUUGCAUGUUUCCUCCCAAAAUGGCAUCUCUCUAAAACCAAUUUUGUUUUCUUCUUUCUUUUGUAAUUUUAGGAGUGCUUGUAAAAGAUUUUAGCUUAUAAACACAGAUAUCUUCAAUUUUAUUUCUCAGAAGUGUCCAUUACAUCCUGUA